UCCAAGGUCCACCUCAGAACUGUUUCCAAUUUUUGUUGGAAAAAAACCCGCGAUGUUAAACCCUAAGGAAGAAGAAGAACGUUAAGCCCCUGCAACGCCACCACACCACUGAACUGAAACCGAGCAACGACGAAAGUUUAGCCUAGACCAUGGGAUCCAAUAAGAAGAACAAGAAGAGCAAGAACAAGAAUGAAAAAUCCAAAGGCAGCGAUGAGAACCUCAUCACCGACUCUCGGUUUUCGUCCGUACACUGGGACCCUAGGUUCCAGAACGUUCCGAAGCACAAGGCGAAGGUGGAGAUCGACUCGCGAUUCGAUCGCAUGUUCUCGGACAAACGAUUCGGCUCGUCCUCGGUCCCGCUAGACAAGCGAGGGAAGCCGAAGAAGCUCGACCAAGGGAAUUCGCUGCGCCAUUACUAUAAAAUCGAAGAGGACGAAGAUAAGGUCAAUUCCGAAGUGAAAAAGAAAGAGAAAAAGAUUGAGGAAGAGGAAGAAGAAGAGAGUGAGGAGUUGGAGGAACUCGGUGGAGAGGAAUCGGAGGAUGACGUGGCGACUGGUGACUCGGAUACGACGACGGACACAGACACGGAUGAUGAAUAUGAAGAAGAAGAAGGGGUUUUCGAGGAUGGUGAGCCUGUAAGGCAGGCGGAAGAUGUACCAGAAAUUGAUAAGGAAACUCACAGGCUUGCUAUUGUUAACCUGGAUUGGAGGCAUGUUAAGGCUGUUGACUUGUAUGCAGUGUUGAGGUCUUUUCUCCCGAAAGAUGGAGAAAUGAAGUCUGUGGCUGUCUAUCCAUCUGAGUUUGGACUUCAGCGUAUGAAAGAGGAAGAACUUCAUGGUCCUGUUGGCCUAUUUGAUGAUGAAAAUGAGAAAAGUGAUGAAGAUGAGGACGACGACGAUGAUGAGCUUGAUGCUCAGAAAUUGCGUGCUUAUGAGAAAAGCAAGCUAAGGUACUAUUAUGCUGUAGUGGAAUGUGACUCAAGUGCCACAGCAGAUUACCUUUACAAAAAUUGUGAUGGAGUUGAGUUUGAACGGUCGUCAAAUAAACUUGAUUUAAGGUUUAUCCCUGAUUCAAUGGAAUUUCAACACCCACCCCGUGACGUUGCAACAGAGGUACCUGCAAACUAUGUGGGUUUGGAUUUCCAGACUCAAGCUCUGCAACAGAGUAAAAUUUAUAUUUCUUGGGAUGAGGAUGACCCAGGACGUAAGACCUUGAAACGGAAAUUCACUGACGAUCAGCUUUCUGAAUUGGAACUGAAGGAGUUUUUGGCUUCUGAUGAGAGUGAAAGUGAUGAGGAUGAGAAUGAUGAUGCUACAGAGGACAAGUCCGAUAAAAAGAGUAAAAAACGAGAUAUGUACCGCACUUUAAUCCUGUCUGGAAAUGGAGAGGGAGAUGCUUCAGAUGGAGAUGGUGAAGGUGAAGACGAUGACAAGGACAUGGAGAUCACAUUUAAUACUGGCUUAGAGGAUAUAAGCAAGCGCAUUCAAGAACAGAGAGAUAAGGAAUCAGAAACAGUUUGGGAGGCCUAUCUCAGAAAAAGACGUGAGAAAAAGAAGGCUAGGAAAAACAGAUCUAAGGAUUCAUCAGAGGAUGAGAGUAGCGACACUGAUCGAGAGGCAACAGAAGAUGCAGAUGAUUUCUUUAUUGAAGAGCCUUCAGUCAAAAAAAGUAAAAAGGGUUCUCAAGGUAAAGGUAAAAAAGGAGAUAAACAAAACCAAGAUACGGAUAGGGAAGCAGAAGCAAGCAGAAACGAGCUUGAGUUAUUACUUGCUGAUGACAAGGGAGCAGAUACAGGUCUUAAGGGCUACAAUUUGAAACGUAAAAAGACUAAGGGAAAGAAGGGUAAAGAAGUUCAAGAAGAGGACAAUAUACCAGCUGUUGAUUAUGAAGAUCCACGGUUUUCAGCCCUCUUCAUGUCUCCCCGUUUUGCUCUGGAUCCAACAGAUCCACAGUUCAAAAGGAGUGCAGCUUAUGCUCGGCAGUUGGCAUUGAGACAGCAGCAGGGUGACCAAGAAAAAGUGGUAGAAAGGGAAGUAAAAUCUGAUGUCUUGCGGUCAAAGAUAGAGAAAUCGUCAUUAAUCAGAUCAAUAAAGAUGAAAGCCAAGCCCUUUGAUGGUAAGAUGUCAAAGAAAGAAGAAAAUUUGCAAUCCAAAGGGAAAAAGGAAAAGAAAGAUAAGCGGGAGGCCCCAAGCUUGGUUGAACCAGUUAAGAAAAAGAAAAAGACCAAAGCUUAACGAAAAUGAAAGCAUUGUUAAAAUUGAGAGGAGUCCUGAAACAUCAUGCAAAUGAAUGGAUCUUUGAAGGAGUGGAGGCCAUAACCAACCAUGCCUGCUCGGGUCCGACUCCGAGACAGUUGAGUUGUUGUUCUAAUUAUUGUCAAAUUCUUUUUCUUCAAAUAGAAGAAUAUUGUCAACUGUGAAGGUUUUUAUUUUAAUAAAUCUAGGCGUUGGCUUUAGGAACUAAA